CGAAAAGACAUUUAGGGUCCCUUACCGACCCGACCCGGUCCAUCAGAUCUAAAACUGCCGACCCGUUUUGAUAUAUAUCCCGAUUCCAAAACCAAAAGCCUCUCAUCGUUUUCACAGUAACAACAACAAUGGCGACAGAAGUAGCAGCAGCAUCACCGGCGCCGCCGCUAUCCGACGUGGAGGACACCAGCGCCGCCGCGGCGGAGACCAAGAGCAGCGGGCCCCAGAAGCUCGAGAGAAAGUGGACCUUCUGGUUCGACAACCAAUCUAAGCCAAAGCAGAGCGGCGCUGCUUGGGGCUCCUCUCUCAAAAAAGCUUACACCUUUGAAACUAUCCAGGAGUUUUGGUGUCUGUAUGAUCAGAUAUUCAAGCCGAGCAAGUUUCCAGCAAAUGCUGAGUUCCACUUGUUCAGGGCUGGGAUUGAACCUAAGUGGGAGGAUCCUGAAUGUGCUAAUGGAGGGAAGUGGACUGUAACCAUCAACCGGAAGGCCAACCUUGAUACCAUGUGGCUAGAAACUUUGAUGGCACUGAUUGGAGAGCAAUUUGAUGAGGGUGAUGAGAUUUGUGGAGUGGUAGCAAGUGUGCGCCAGAGGCACGACAAACUUUCAUUGUGGACUAGGAAUGCUGCAAAUGAGGCUGCGCAGAUGAGCAUUGGGAGGAAGUGGAAGGAGAUGAUCGAUGUUACUGAUAAGAUCAGUUACUCCGUCCAUGAAGAUAGCAAAAAGGACAGAUCAGCGAAGCCUCGAUACAGUGUGUGAUCAUUUUCUCAACCAUUACCAAGCAACACCAUCACAAUUUUUCUGCAGUUCGCUCAUUUACUGAGAAACACUAGAGGAUACAUCUCACAACUUCUCUUUUUGAUCUUAUAAUGUAAUAUCAUUUUGUUCUCUGUGCUACACUGUUUUGACGUUUGUUUGUAAUGCAUUCAUGAUUUAUGUGGAUCGACAAUCAGAUUAUUUGAAUGUUCAUGUUGCUAUUUCAAGAUACUAUAGAUGCAUGAAUAUUUUCAUAUUGUGUAGACGAUGAGCCGUACAAUAUUUGCAUUCCUUG